CAAAUAUCAACUCAGUCCUUCUCAAGUCGACUGUCAAAUUCAACAAACGCACAUACCAUAUUUGGCUGCCUUUUUUGAUAAUGUUGGUUUCUAUGUCGAUGUGAUGGAAUUAACCCCUGGUGAACAAACCGAUGUCAAAGGUGCAGAAGCUAAUCAAUUAUCCAUGAUUAAGUGCUUGAAACUCUGGAAAGGAAAGAAUCCUGAACAAGUGACAUUCAUGACCCUUCUGGAGAUGUUGGUAAAGUUAAGGAAGGAAGAGAUUGCCGAUCAAAUCUGUCAGUACUUGAAGGAGGAUAUCAUCACCUCACUUCCAACACAGUCUAGUAUUCAAGGAGCAUCUAACUCACCUGACGAUUCCAGUGUUUCAAGACGUUAUACCCAAGAAACACCCUCCUCUGCCAAGUGGGAACUAGACUCGCUAGAAAUGGAUAAAGCUUUCUCAACGUUUGUGCUCCAACUUCAGCAGUCUUUGGAAACUCGAAUUGUUUUGAAGAAGCUGACGUCUUGUUUAAUGGAUGUGAGCUGCUACCAGAAAGUAUUUAAAGGCCCUAACCAGUGUUUGUUUCGAGACAAGCGAGAAGAAUUACGUGCAGCUAGCGAUUUCUACGAUGUAUGGGAUAUUAUCCGAGACUACGUUUCAUAUUUUUCGUAUGGCUUGAUUAAAUAUCUCACUGACCAUCUUGGAAGUAAGGAGGACCAGGAUAACUUAAUAGCUUAUGUGAAAGAAUUUGAAAAAUAUGCUAAACGAAGGAUUCAGUACCCGAAAAAGUUUGGUUCGGGCUACAGAGAAGAUAGCACUAAGAUGAUCGUGAAGCUCGACUCUACUUACGACAAAUGUGAGCUUCUCUACUUGAAACAAUUUGAAGAAAAUCUAGCAAAAAUACUCAAAGUCGAAGCAAAUGCGUUAUUACUUCGUGGAAUUAAUGAAGGCUGCGUUCAACUUGUGUUUGAGGUACCCUCUUUUAUUCCUCCCGACAUCUUCCCACUCACACCCAAUCAAGAAGCAGAAAUAAGAGAUCUUGGGGUAAUCCAAUUGGACUGCGGGGACUAUCAUUUCCAACUACAGGAUGACAAUUCUCACAGUACAGAUAGUGAUGCUGACUCGGACAACGAUGACAAUCAAAGUGCUCAGCCAUCUGUGGAACUUGACAAUGAGUCAAUAGCUGUGAAAUCAAAGAGUUCUCAUUCUGAUUCUGGAUAUAAUACUGUGUUAUCCAAUUGUCUACCUAGCCAAACCUCAUCGACAGUACAUACCGAAUUUGAAAUUGACCUCGACGCAGAUCCACAGUUGAACGACAUAGCUUUACGUGCGACAAGUUUGCUGUCAGUCAUUAACUCCUUCCCAGCAUACAUACACCUUCAUGCCAAAUGGAAUGAAGUACCACCACCAAUCAAGCUUCAUUCAGCCGUAUUUAAUGGAGAAAUAACCCAAGUUCGGUUCCUGAUUGAAGUUCUAUACUGCAACAAUUCUGUUGAGCAAGGUCAAUUUCUACUUCACACUGCAGCAGCUUAUGGACAUCUCAAUAUUGUUAGGUACUUUAUUGAAGACAGAAAAUUCAAUCCGGCAACUGAAUCCACGAACAAAAAAACGCCACUUCAUUUUGCCGCGCUCAAUGGACAUCUACAUAUUGUUACGUACCUUGUCGGCAGUCAACUGGUCGAUCCCACGAGUGUGGACAACAAUCAUUGCUCUCCACUACACAAUGCCUGCAGAAGUGGGAACAUCGAUGUAGUAAAGUACUUGAUGUCUGAGAUUCAACAACACGAACUACUCGAUGUGAAUGAGAAGGCCAUCGAUGGAAAUGCACCUAUCCAUUUUGCUGCUGAAUCUGGUAACCUGGAUUUGAUUCAAUUUCUGCUGAAGGAGCUUAAACUUUCCUUUCAAAUGAUAGCUGAAUGUGACCUGCAAAGCAAAGACAAGAAAGGGAGGUUGCCUUUUCAGAAUGCUGCAAUAUAUGGCCACACUGAAGCGCUAAAGCUGUUAUUGAAAGAACCUGGCAUACAAGUUGACUCGUUGAUGAAGGACGAUUUCACAGCACUACACGUUGCAGCCGGACUAGGAAACUUGGAGUGUGUGCAAAUUCUUCUUCAAAAAGGGGCCAAUCCAGAUGUUCAAAGCUUUAAGAAAUUGACUCCUCUCUGGUUGGCUAGUAGAAACGGGGCCGAAGACAUUGUUAAUCUGUUGAUCUCUGCUGGAGCAAGUGUUCAUCUGUCAAAUACGUUAACUCCUCUUAUGGUUGCUUGUCUUAUGGGCCAUGCUGGAGUUGUAGAGCUACUGAUUGCUGCUAAAGCUGACAUUGAAGGCCAUUCUCUAAAAGAAGAUUCAACGCCUCUUAUGCUGGCUGCUAGUAAAGGACGAUCAAAAUGUGUCGAUGUUCUCAUAAGGAAUGGGGCUCGGGUCAAUGCAAAUACUAUUCGUGGAUUCACAGCUCUAAUAAUCGCUGCUCAAGAAGGUCAUCCUGAAGUUAUGAUACAACUUAUCUCUGCCAAGGCUCAGAUCGAAGCUCGCACUCAGUCUGGCCAUACAGCUCUCCACACGGCUGCUUUCAAAGGACAAUCAGAGUGUGUUAGUGUUCUCCUCAAGAAUGGAGCAUCCCCAAAUUCAACAGACAAGAUUGGGUUCACUACUCUUAUGAUGUCUGCUCGAGAUGGUCAUGUCAAGAUUAUGGAACUGUUAAUUGCUGCAAAGGUUCAUGUCAAUGCACGAGGUGUCCAAAUUGGAACAGCUCUCCAUUUGGCUGCCAUUGGCGGUCAGACAGAGUGUGUCAGUGUUCUCCUAAACAAUGGAGCCAAUCCCAAACUAAAGGAUGAAACUGGAGGCACUGCUCUCAUGGCAGCGGCUCACUUUGGUCACCCCACUGUGGUUGCUUUAUUCAUUGAUGCAAAAGCUCCACUUGAUGCUCAAACACUAUUUGGAUCUACGGCUCUAUAUCAUGCCACAACUGGAGGUCGUACGGAGUGUGUCCGUGUACUCCUCAAGAGUGGAGCUGACGCCAAUAUAGCUGACAAGGAGAGAGCGAGCCCUCUAAUGAUAGCGUCACAACUUGGUCAUCUCGCUAUAGUGAAACUACUGGUUGCUGCCCAAGCUGACGUCAAUGCCCAAAAUAGACCACAAGGAGUAACAGCUUUACACUUAGCAGUUGCCACAGGGCAAACAGAGAUUGUCAGUGUUCUCCUCAAAAAUGGAGCGGAUCCAAAAGUUACGGAUAAGAUGGGAAUAACAGCAAUGGACACAGCAAAAAGGUGUGGUCACUUUCUUAUAUACCAGAUGCUAUUGGUAUACCAAGUAGCUAGUGUGCUGUUCAACAGGAACUAGUGUAUGGAUUAUUAUUGCUAACUAUAUGCACACUCGGCCGGCUUUAGUUGUGACAUGUAUAGACUCUAUAAUUAUACACUCUAUAAUAGCUAGCUAGUUUGUCGAUACUUAUUAUUAUUAUUUUGUCUACAGUGUAUUACUGUAUAUA